AUGGCAGGAACGUCACGACAUGAUCGGGAGAUGGCGGUGAAUGCCAAAAAACAGUUGUCUGUAUGCACAGACCCUGUGGAUCGGCUGAGGAUGCAGUGUCUCGCACGUGGCUCUUCUGGCAUCAAGGGUCUGGGCAGGUGAGAGAAAAAAACCAGUAUACUCUUAUGUGAAGGGCAGAGGUAUUGGUUCUGCAUCUUAUGUGAAGGGCAGAGGUAUUGGUUCUGCAUCUUAUGUGAAGGGCAGAGGUAUUGGUUCUGCAUCUUAUGUGAAGGGCAGAGGUAUUGGUUCUGCAUCUUAUGUGAAGGGCAGAGGUAUUGGUUCUGCAUCUUAUGUGAAGGGCAGAGGUAUUGGUUCUGCAUCUUAUGUGAAGGGCAGAGGUAUUGGUUCUGCAUCUUAUGUGAAGGGCAGAGGUAUUGGUUCUGCAUCUUAUGUGAAGGGCAGAGGUAUUGGUUCUGCAUCAAGUGAUGUGUUGCCCAGGUCAUCAAAAUCAAAUGUUUGAUAUAGUAGCAGUAGUGAUUGAUCAAACACUUUACUAUAGGCAAUCCUGUCAAGUAGUCUGAAUUAGGCUACUGUCCUGUGUCAAGAAGAAAGCUCUAGAUUGGCUUCUAAGAUGCAAGGAUUGUUUUAACAAUGUAAACUCCAAGAAAUACUUUCUUAUUUGCUUCAACUGCCACAUAUUUAUCUUUUUUUCUUCAAUGGUUUAUUUGUCAGAACAUUCAGGAUAAUGGAUGAUGACAACAACCGUACAUUGGAUGUGAAGGAGUUCAUGAAGGGCCUUAAUGACUACGGUGUCCUCAUCGAGAAAGAUGAGGCCCUGGCAAUGUUUCAAAGUUUUGACCGGGAUAACAGUGGACUCAUUGACUUUGAUGAAUUUCUCCUCACUCUCAGGGUAAAUAUGAGUGGUAGGGGUAAACCUCUGAAUUACAUGAUACAUUUGAUCAUACUUAUUUAAUCUGGGAACUUUGUGCUUUAUUUCUGGUUGUGCUGGUUAUGAUCACAGCCCCCGAUGUCCAAUGCCAGGAAGGAGGUGAUCAUGCAGGCCUUUAGGAAGCUGGAUAAGACUGGUGACGGUGUGAUCACUAUUGAAGAUCUGAGGGGGGUUUACAAUGCCAAGUACCACCCCAAAUAUCAAAACGGGGAGUGGACAGAGGAGCAAGUAUUCUGCAAAUUCCUGGACAGCUUCGACUCUCCUUACGACAAGGACGGAAAGGUAAUACUGAUAACAUCACACCAUACUGACCUGGUCACUUUCAGGCCUCGGGGUUGUAAAAUAUGAAAAUGUUGGAUCGAGGUUAUAGUGGUCUUACCAGAGGAGGCUGGUGGGAGGAGCUAUAGGAGGACGGGCUCAUUGUAACGGCUGGAAUGGAAUUAAUGGAACAAAGUCAAAUGUGGUUUUCAUAUGUUUGAUUUGUUUGAUAAUGUUCCAUUUAUUCCAUUCCAGCCAUUACAAUGAACCCGUCCUCCUAUAGCUCCUCCCACCAGCCUCCCCUGGGUCUUACUAUCGUCCACCACUACUGUAGUGUACACCUAUACUGCUAAACUAACAGCCUGUACAUUAUUCAGUCAGAUAUACAUUUGAUUAUCUGGACGCAUGAGACAUUUCUUAGGCUCCUGACAUUUGCAGUACUGCAUAUCUGUGGAACCAUCUUAAACUGUGUCAUAUCAUAUAAGCUGCCUACUGCCUUGUUCUUGUUAAUCAUCAUGUCUUAUUUCUGGAACAUAUUUGGUCACACAAGAAGAGUUUAUGAAUUACUAUGCAGGCGUGAGCUCCUCCACUGAUACGGAUAUCUACUUCAUUAUCAUGAUGAAAAGUGCCUGGAAACGUAUUAACUAACGUCUUCUUGAGUCAAUGUUUAGGGUAAAGACUAAAGAGCACUUAACCCUGGGAUAUGGACGGCAGAGGUCACACUUUAUUCGGAUAGUCAUGAUCUACCGAUGGUGAUACAAUCAACAACCUAUAUGUUGAUAAACUGCUUGCUAAGGUUAAGGUUAGGUUUAGAAUAAGGGUUAGGGUUAGGUUAAGUUUAGGGUUAGGAUAAGGGUAAGGGUUAGUGGAUAGUUAGUUGAAUUGUGACAAUUCUACUGAACAUCUACAAACCAUCUACUUGGGACUAUCCAAAUGAAGUGUUACCACGGGAGAUGGCAUGUUGUCUCUUUUCACUUCUCUUUCUAGGUGCAGUAGUUUAGUGGGGUGUAAUACUCUACUUUCUAUCCUCAAGGUAUUUACACUGCUCUUUGCCAUUCUGUGGCUUUAGGCCUAUUUCUCAAAGCUGUCAAACUGUUACAGGGAAACAUGUAUGUUACAUAGUAGUACAAUUCUAAUAGAAUUGGUAGUUGGUGGAGCUGUGUUUCUCACUCAGCCAGCAGAUGUCAAGGUUUUGUUUUGUCUCUAGUUAGAUAUUGCACUUUAGUGGCCAGAUUAACUAAGCAUUUGGAUGUUAGCUGAAAAUGUCUGAAUCUGCAUUGAGGAACAAGUAUUGAUGGGGGAAACAAAAGGUUGUGACACAUUCAACUCUCCCACAACAUUGUCUGUCCCCAUUCACUUCUUUGGUUUUUAGUUUUCAGCCUUAUCAGGGUCGUGUGGAGUUUCUGUCUCUAUCUGACACUGACGGUGUGGGCUGGUUCAGUAAGCUCUGUAUGGCUGACACCUCCUUCCCUUCUGCAGGUCACAACGGAGGAGUUUCUCAACUACUACUGCGGAGUCAGCGCCUCCAUCGAUAGUGACGUCUAUUUCAUUCUCAUGAUGAAAAAUGCAUGGAAAUUAUGA